GACAUACUUGACAGUUAGAAAAGUUCGGAUUUCAAACGGUUUUGUUCGAACUUGUGGUGUCUGUAUUUGUAUUGGGUUUCCUUGCUUUUCUCUAUAGCUUUUUGGCAAGAUUCCCUCGGGCGCGCGAGUUAAAUAGAAUUACUGUUGUAUAGCGUGCAGUGCAGUACAAGUCAAAAAAGUUAAAAAUAGAUUUUAGAAUAAUUGUGAGACGCAGAUAUUAGUGACGAACGUUCGUUGUGACGCAUAUAAAAGUGCACAGGUGCAUUCUCAUGUAAAUUUAUAGCGCAGCAGAGUGAAAUAAAUCAGUAAGAUGGCUCACAACAUAGAGCCGAUGGAUAUUGACCACAUUGAGAGUGAUUUUGACAAUAAGGAGAAUAGUUUCCAUCAUAGCAAUGUUUUACCAUGCACUGAGAAAGGGUAUGAGGAAUUGGAUGUAUCGGAGCUCAACAUGAAAUUAAGGUAUUCCAUUACACCAGCAUCAUCCCCAAUGUCUAAAAGUUAUACAGCAAAUUGUCCUGAUAGCAGAAGUCUAGAAUUUGGCACAGACUUAAGUGGUAAUGGUAAUUUGACCCGUUCAUUUAAUUCUACAAUGAAAUCUGAAAAUACGUCUAAAUCAUUCAAAGUACAUCCCUUGCAAUUGCAUACAACUGAGUUGUCAUUGGACAACAAUAGAAAUACAUCAGUAUUGAGACCACUGGACACAACCCUAACUUUAGCUGAUAAUAAUAUUACUGUGACGGCUGAUAUAGAUGAAAAUUUGUCACUGCCAAGUUCUUCAUCUUCUAUUAUACAUACACCUGAGGCAACAACACCGACAAAGGAAAUUCCAAAACAAGAUGGUGGCUCACCAAUUAUGCGUGGUUUAAAAAGUGUACUGAACAUGUUUCGAUCAUCCCAGAGUCCUAUACCCCCUGCUGAAGAGCAUGGCAGCCCUGUAAAGAGAGAUAUACUUAGCCCGUCUGAUGUAACACUAACAGAAAGUGCAGUGAGUGCAUCUGAAGUAGUUUCAGCUUCAACACCAGUUGCUGCUCACCGAAAUAAAGAUGGCAGUCCAUCUAAAAGAAGUAGCCCCCUUAAAGACAGCAUAACUUUCAGUGAUGAUCUUGAAAAAGAGCUUUUGUGGAAAGAUGAGACAACAAUUUUAUUUAGUCAAGAAAAGAUUCCUAUUCAUAAAUUAUUUUAUCAACAAUCUAAACAAUUACCUAAUUUUCCAUUAAAGAAAUCUACUAAUAUUGAUGAUAAAGUAAAUGAAAAUCAAGAAGAUAAUUUAAAUUCUACUAAUGAAUAUAUGGAUAUUUCAUGCAAUGAGUCUAUAGUAAAAAAUAAAACAAUUACUGAUAUUACAAUAGAGCAAAUGGGUAAUCUAACAGAAUCUGAAAAUGAAUUUAUGGAUUGUGAAACAACUUUAAAUAAUGAAACUGAACUUCUGAAUGAUACACUUCCUCCAAGUUUAGACAGUACAAGUCAACAAAAUGAUGUACCAAUAAAGAAUUUUAUUGAACAAAUAAAUAAUCAGAUGGAUGCUACUAAAGAAUUUAAUACUAUUGGACUCAAAGAUUCUAUUGAGAAAUCAGUUGAGAGUCACAUUACUGAAAAUAUCGAAAUAUCUACAGCUCGUAAUGUUGAAGAGACAUCCAAUAUAGUUAAUGAUAAUUCAAACUUAACUAAAAUAGUUCCAGAAGGAUUACAAAAUGAAAUUGUUGAAUAUCAGUCCAAUCCAGAGGAAUUUAAACUUUGUAAAGAGAUCGACUCAACUGAAAAUUUACCUGUUAGAAACAUUGAUGACAUCCCAGUGAAAAUAGACUCUGUUACAAAAUCCAUUGGAGUAGAUGAACAGUUAUAUGCUACAAUUUCAAAUGAUUCUUUAAAUCAUACAGUCUUACAAGAAUCAGCAGAUAGAUCAAUUACAUCAAUAAUAAUAACUGAAAAUACAGUACAAUUAGAUUCUCAGUGUGUAACAACUAAUGUCAUUAUUAAUGAGGAAAAUGUAACUCCUAAAUGCAACAUCUUAUCUGAAAAAUUACCAGAUAAUUGUGAAACAGCUAAUGUAACUACUGAGAUGAAAUUUUCUGAUGAUGACAUUCAUGCAAUCUCUAAUAAGAAUGAUAUUAUUCCUGUCGAAAAUAAUAUAACGACUGUGCCUGAAAAUGUAUCAAUUAAUACUUUUGUUGAUAUUCCUGAUGAAAAUAUUGUUCUAGCACAAAAUAUCACAAAUAUAGUUACAGAUAAUAUCUUGAACUCAGUGCCAGUUAAUGUUGAAAGUAAUGGACCUAUUAAUGAGAUUCCUGCUGAUAAUACUAAUUUACCAGUAGAUAUUCCAUUGCCUGAUGAAGAUCUUGAAGUGGAAGACAUUCUAUCUCAUCAUACAUUUACUAAAAAUGUUGAUUUACAGUCUAAUUCUCUUCCUGAUGUCAUAAGUGAUUUGAAUACUAAUAUUAAAAUGGAAGACGCAAAUAAAUUUGAGAUGAUGCCAAUGGAUACAAUCAAUGAAAUAAGAUCGACUGCCAAUUUUAUUGAAAGUACAUUAGGCGAUAACCAAGAUGAAGAAAAAAUAAAGUUUAUACUGCAAAAUGAUGAGCUCAAUAAAGUUGAGGACAAGGAAGUAAUGCCUGUUAUAAAUCUUAAUUUAGAAAAACAACUCAAGGACACAUUUUCGAAAAACUCUAAUGAAUUGAAAGAAUUUAACUCUUUAGAAAAUAAUGUGGUGGUAGAAUCGCCGAUUGAUGAAGGAAUUAAAUUAGAGCUUACAGAAGAGAAACUAAAUCUAAUAGAAACAAAGUCAGAAAAUGAAAUUACUGUGGGAUAUGUUGCUAAUUUUGAAUCAAAUAAAGAAUUAUUAAACUUUAAUCUACAAGAUACACCAAGUAAACAUAAACAAGUUCAUAUUACUGAAAUGUUAAAAUAUGAACAAGUUAAAAUUAAUGAGAGUGUAUCUAAAGAAAUUAUAAAAGAAGAAAAAGAAAAAAUAACAUAUAAUAUCUCAGAUAUUAAUCAUGUUGAUCCUCUUAACUGUAAUAUUAAUAUCGAAGAAAUAAAAGGGAGUGAAAGCAUCGAAACUUCGAAUCAAAAAUAUGAUGUGAAUCUCACUGUAGAUUCUAAAGAAAAGAUUAUUAAUCGUGAAAAAGAAGUGUCGAUUAAUGAUAGUCUUACUAAUAUUGCUGAAGAGCCUGUGAUUUCUGAAGAACAAUCCAUAAAUUUAGUUGAAAAAGAAACUUCAAGAGAAGAAAGUUAUAUAGAAUUAAAUCAUGAUAAAUUAAGUAUAAAAGAAGUAGGAAAUAUAAAAGAGGAAACAAUUCAUUCUACUCCAGACCAAAGUAAAAGUGCAGGUAUAACAGAAAAUGAUAUUCACGAAGAAUUAUUAGAUUCCGAAAAUAAUAGUCCAUAUGUAUUGAUAUCAAUUGAUAAUGUUUCGAAAACCACAUCUACAGAUAGUGUUGAUGAUUUUGAAAAGAUAGAUACUCAACCUCUGCCAGAUUCUCCCAAAAUAAUUUCAAAAGGUUAUGACUUUAAUUUUGAUCAGAUAGAUGAUCCGUUUGCUACCAAAACAAAAAUUAGAUUAUCUCCGCCUUUGGACUCUCCAAAACAGUCUAUUAAAUCUGUGACAAAGAAAGUAGAUGUAACAAAAAACAACAGUAAUAAAAAUAAAAGAAAAUCCCAAUCUGAAAGAAAAAUUCCAAUUGUAACAAAGGAAACAUUUAAUAAUACUUUUAAUACUGCUUCAAAUUCUCCAUUUGAAAAUCAUGAAUAUUUAAAAACUUCAAUAGAUGUUGAAAACAGUGGCGAAGUGAAAUCUUUGAACAAUGACAUACUAACAGUAAAUGAUAUUAAUGAGAAAACACUAGAUGCAGAAAUAGUAAAUAAAACAGUGGAUGGACCUACACUGGACAAUACCUUAGAUAAUUUAUCUGAAGUAAAAGACAUUUCAACGGAAAAUAAAUUUGAUUCAACUGCUAUUAUUGAAAAUAACUCAUCGGUGGAAAUGAAUAAAACGUCGAGUGAGUAUAAAGACACAUCCUCUUCAGAGCAAUCUGUUUAUCAUUCUGCUGCAACCUCAUCUGGUGAAAGCAUCAAAUCUAGAAAUGUGUUUAACAUACCUGAAAUUGAUGACAAUAAUUUUAAUUCAUUUACUACAAAAUCGAAAAUAUGUCAGUCGCCACCUCCAGAUAUAAAAAUGCCUAAAUCAUUUGAUGAUAACAAAAACGGGAUUACUUCAGAAUCUUUAAUCAUUAAGGAAAAUACAGAAUCUCAAAACUUUAAUAUUGAGGAGAAAUCCGUAAAUGAUAUUGUUUCUAAUGCUGCAUCUUUAAAUAUAGUCUCUUCGGACGAGAGAUUGAAAUUAAACAUUGAAGAAAAAGAAACUAUAAAUAUAAGUACUACAACUUGCUCUUCAAAAACAACUGAUGAUAAAAAUGACACAGUACGGGAAGUUCACACUGAUGAGGAAGAUACAGUUGAAGGACCCUUUCUUGAAGCAGAGGAUUUCAAUGAUAACAAAAUGUCUGAUUUUGUUUAUGAUAAUGCUGAUAUGAUUCAAUUCGCAGAGUUGGCAGCUCAGACAAAUGCAGAUAAUUUGGAAGCUGGUGAACUUUUCAUUGAUGCAGAAGCUUUUGAAUUUCUUUUAAAUCAAAACAAAAGCAAUGUAGUAGCUGACAGUGGCAAAGAAAGUUUGUUCUUAAAAUUUGAUCCUUUAUUCGCGAAGAGAAUGUCUUCUGAUGGUGUAUUAGCAGCAUUAAACAAAAUUCAAAAACGACAAAGUACACCUAAGAAAUUGUCAAAAUCAGUGAACACAUUUGUUGCUGUAACUCCUGUAGCUGGACCUUCUACUCUUAAUGUCAACCAGAGUGGCAUAUCUGAGGAUAAUGCAGAGAUAGAUGUUAAUAUAACAACAUCGAAACCAAUGAUGGUUGUAACACCUGCUGUCAAUUCAAUCGUGUCUCCUAGAAAAUCUACAACUCCCACCAAUUCCAAUCGACGGUCUAUCACAUUCACGUCUCCUGCCAUAGCUGUUAUUGAUAGACUUCUGUCUAUGAGUGCAAACAAUUCAUUCAUCGAUCAUGAUACUACAGCCAUGCAAGUUAGAAGGGAACAGAACGAAGCAGAUUUAGCUCUUACUCAACUAAGAGAGUUGUUAGCUGAAAAGGAAAUAAAUGUGUACAACUUAAGAUCUGAGAGUAAAGAGUUAAAGAACAGAUUGUUCAACUUGGAAUCUCAGAUGCGAACCUUGGAAUCUGAAUGUGAAGAAAGAUUAAAGAAAGUCAAUGAAUUGACUGAUAAACUUUCUGAAAAGACAAAAACCAAUAAAAGCAUGGCAGCAGUUGUAGAAGAAUAUGAGAGAACGAUCGCCAGCCUCAUAGCUGAAACAGAGCAAGACAAAAAACUUCACAAUGAAGAACGAAUGAAACUUAUAAAAGAGAGAGAUGAGCAAACUGCACACUUGGCGAGUAUGGAGGUCUCAUUUAGCGAUUUACAUAGUAAAUAUGAGAAGAGUAAACUAAUUAUUUUGACUUGUAAAGCCAAUGAAGACACAUACAAGAAGUCUAUUAAAGAAUUUGAAGAGAAUUUAGUAAAAAUGCAAAGUAAUUACGAGUUAUUAAAACAACAUGCAACUUCAAAGCUUAAUCACGCCAACCAAGAGUUGGAAAAGAUGAAUAGAGUACACGAGGCUGAGGUUUUAAAGUUAAACGCCAUGAUCAAGAGGAAGGAUUUGCAUAUCACAUCUCUGGAGGAAACUCUCGCACAAAAAACAAAAGCGAACGAGGAACUGACGGCGAUAUGCGAUGAACUCAUCAAUAAAGUCGGCUGAUCUAAUUUUGGACAAAUCUAAACAUUGCUUCGUUUCGUGUCUGUGAGAGAAAGUGAUGAUAUUUUGGAUAUUUUGGAUGCUUUUGUGCUUAUUCAGCAAUAAGUUGCAUAAAGUUUAUAUAGUAUGUGCCAAACCAUUUUAGGGUCUAAUAAAUUUCCGUUUAAUUGUAAACGAAGACUGUCAUUUGUGAUAUAUUAAUUCGAAUUCUGGUAGCCAUAAUGGCGUAGAUUUUGGGACGCUAUUUCUGUAAACCUGCUUCUAAAAUUAAAAAUUCAAUUUGAUAUUGCAGCGAAAUCUUUAUUAUAAGGACCAAUAUGAAAACUAGAAAUUGUCUAAUAAAUUUAAGUCAAACUUGUUAUAAAUUUACUUUAUGACCAUUCAUAAAAUAAUAAUAUGCAAAACUAUUAUAUUACAAUUAUAGUUUGAGAGAUAGGUUUAUGUACAUAACGUCUCAGAAUUAGCCCCAAUGUCAAAAUUUUUUGCUCCUCUUUUUAUAAUACUGCACAUUUCUCGUUAUGCUGGACAUAAUUCAAAUGUGUACGAUGGUAAAUUAAAAUGUCAAUUACUCCUUUAAAUAUAUAGUGUUCUUUAAUCUUGGACUGUUGUAUAAAAUAUGAAAUAUUUUGUAGACACUAGACAUGUUCAAAAUAGUAGUACAUUUUAGAUAUUUAUUUUGUGGUAUAGAUUUUACAAUUUGAAUAUUUUUGUUAUCAUGUAUGACGAACAAUUGAAUAGGUAAUAUUUUUGUAAAUAAUAUACUUAUUUGAAAACAUUAAUUUAUAAUUGAUGUAUAUAGUGGCACAUUUACUUACCUACUAGUGGAUUCAUUCACUCUGUUGUAGUUCACAGAGAAAUGACAUGAUUAUAGUGUUAUUACUUAAAGAAAUGUCACUUAUUGAUACAUAUCUCUCACUACACAUACAUACAAACACACAUAUAUAAUACAAUGUCCUACUUUUUAUGAUUGUAGAGGCAUCUAAAUACUCUUGUAUGACACUUCACUACAUUUUUUCAUAUUCUUUAUAAUUAUAUCAGCCUUUAACUGUCCACUGCUGAAGUAAGCUUCCCCUCGGGGGUUUUGCCAGUAGUUGCCAUGCUUGGCAGGCGGAUUGGUAACCGCAGUUGGGCUUUAGAUAUUUUAUUAAGAGGGAUGCUGCUGCCCAUCCCUCGACCUCCCUUAGUUGCCUCUUACGACACACCGGGUAAAGGGAGGGGUGUUCUAUUCUAUGCUGGAACUACUCGGCUAUUUCAUAUCCUUACCAUUUGUAAAAGAAUUAUUUCAAGAAUAAAAUGGCAUUCAGUAAAUUUCGUAAGUUGUGAAGUAAAUGUGCUGCUACAUAUAUUAAUCAUUGACUUAUUACAUUUCCCAAUGUUUGAAUGUAGAUUUAGAUAUUUUUAUAUUUUAUAUAUUGUAUGUUUGAUGUCUCGUAUUGCGUGUAAGUUUUUCCGAUUAUGUAAACUUCUAUUGACCAUAAAUUAUAUUCACAAUAUUGUUUACAAAAUAUAUUGUUAUUUUACAUUGAAGCCUUGAUUCAUCUAGUAACAUAUAUUUAUUUUAUAUUUACGCAAAAAAAAAAGUUAUUUUAUUGCAUUGACAUCAAUAGUUAAACAGUUUUAAACAAUGCCAUCUGUUUGAAUUGUAAGGUUGACAACCCUCUUAACUAUUAUAUAUACUAUAAAAACAUAUACCUAUAUAAUAUAUUUUUCUUAUUGAAAAUUGUAUUUUAAUAUAAUAACUAUUGAUUUAAAUUACGUGUAAUUAAAUCGACUGUCAACUUGCCAAUCAGGCUCGUGCUCGCGUCACAGUCGCUUAUGAUUAAGGACUACGAAUUGAUCCCGAAACUAGUGAUGCAAUUGCACGUAAGUUAAACCGGUAUUUAUUACAUUAAAAUAUAAUGUGUGCUUACGAAAAUUAUAAUAGUAAAUAAAUCAUAUAAAACUUUUGUAAUGUCAAAUUUCGUAGUUUAGCUUCUCUAAACAAAGUUGGCGCCGUCCAUGAAAUUAAUCACGAAUUAAUCUUGAUAAUUUAUAAAUAAACAUUACAUAAUUGUCUCUAGGUAUAUCUGUAAUAGACAAUUCGAAUUUUUUUUUUUAUAUUAGGUACAAUUAGUAAAUAACUUGGCAUGUCUUUUUAUCGAAAUAACAGCGUAUAAAAUAAAGAAUCGAAGCAUUUGGCAUUCCACUGUUUCUGCCUACCUUAAUGGGUGAUAGGCGUGACAGAUAUGUACGUAUGUAGAGAAAUAAAUUUUAAAAGUUUACUGAUACUAUUUCAUAUUAUUACUUUUAUCUGUAAUCUAAGUUUUUAUUCUAUUUUUUUUUUUUAUUUUAUCCAAGUUGAUCAAAAUUCGAUAAAGGAUAUGCUAAGAUAUUUUCCAAUUGAUUUACAAUUAUGGGAACCAGCUUUGUGCGACUGGCGGGUUGUUGAAUCAAUUAUAUUACUAGUUUUAUAUAUAUAUAUAAUUUUUCAAUAUAUAUUUAUAUAUAGUAGGCGUCUGACUCCUAGUGUGUUUAGUCAAAAGAAAUAAGAUUUAAAUAUAAUGUUUCACACGACGUGUGAGAACACAAUAACACGAGAUAAUUAUUUUCACUUAAUUAAACGGUUAAGUUAACAAAAGAAUUUCGUUGUCAUUGCGUCAUCGCUGUAGAUUAGAUAUUUCAGUUAAAUAAAGUUGACAUUUUUUUC